ACUCAACAACACUUCCACUUGCCCUCUCUCUCUCUCCCUCUCUCUCUCUCUCUCCCCUGUAAACCCUAAAAAGCAACACCAAACACACACUCUCGCUCUUUCUUUCUCUGUGCAAAAAAGCCAAAAGCCAAAAGCCAUGAAAGAACCAGAAACCGACCCAAUGGCAGUCUCAAGCCAGCUCCUUUCUUCACUGGUGGAACAAAUCCCACUCAUCCAAAACUUCAAGGGCAAAUGGGCCUUAAUCCGGGCCAAGCUCUCGGAGCUCCAGGCCCAGCUCACCGACUUCGCCGACUUUCCAACCUACACCUCCCACCCUCUCUCCCUCCACCUCCUCCUCUCCGUCUCUCAGACCCUCGGCGACGCCGUUUCGCUCUCCCAGAAAUGCCAGACCCCCAAUCUCUCCGCUGGCAAGCUCCGCACCCAAAGCGACGUCGAUUCGAUCCUCGCCCGCCUCCACCGCCACGUCACCGACGCUGAGAUUUUGAUCAAGAGCGGGGUCCUCCUCGACCCCGCCGUUUCGUCUGUAAGCAGCUCAGCCUCCAAGAGAGAGACCGUGCGGGCCGAGUGCCGGAACCUGGUGACUCGGCUCCAAAUCGGGAGCGGCGAGUCGAGGAACUCCGCCAUGGAAUCGCUUUUGGGAAUUUUGCAGGAGGACGACAAGAACGUGAUGAUCGCUGUGGCGCAGGGGAUUGUUCCCGUGCUCGUGCGACUACUCGAUUCGAGCUCGUUCGAGACCAAAGAAAAGGCCGUUUUCGCGAUUUCGAUAAUUUCGAUGGUGGAGAGCAGCAAGCACGUUUUGAUUGCUGAGGGUUUGUCGCUUCUGAAUCACUUGAUGCGUGUGCUCGAUUCGGGAAGUGGGUUUGGUAAGGAAAAGGCUUGUUUGGCGCUUCAAGCUCUAAGCUUUUCGAAAGAGAACGCUCGGGCAAUUGGGUCUGGAGGUGGGGUUUCGUCGCUUUUGGACAUUUGCCAGGCCGGCACGCCCGGUUCGCAAGCUUCGGCGGCUGGGGUGUUGAGAAAUUUGGCUGGGUUUUCUGAGAAUCAAGAGAAUUUCGUGGAGGAAAAUGGGGUUGGUGUUCUUUUGGCGCUUGCCAGUUCUGGGACGGCUUUAGCCCAAGAGAAUGCAAUUGGGUGCUUGUGCCAUUUGUUGUCUGGUAGCGAAAGUCUGAAGCUUUUGGUUGUUAAGGAAGGUGGGAUUGAGUGUUUGAGGAAUUUCUGGGACUCUUGUUGGAACAAUAACACCCGUAGUCUUGAGGUUGCUGUUGAGUUUUUGAGGCACUUAGCUUCGUGCUCCCCGAUUGCGGAAGUUCUGGUUUCUAAUGGGUUUGUAGCUAGGCUGGUUGGGGUGUUGAGUUGUGGUAUAUUAGGGGUGAGAAUUGCAGCAGCUAAGGCUGCUUAUGAACUUGGGUUUUGCUCAAAAACCAGAAAGGAGAUGGGUGAGUGUGGCUGCAUUGCCCCUCUGAUCAAAAUGUUGGAUGGUAAAGCUGUUGAAGAGAAAGAAGCGGCUGCAAAGGCCUUGUCAACGUUGAUUCUAUAUGCCGGAAAUAGAAAGUUGUUUAAGAAACAUGAAGGUGGAAUUGUGAGUUCAGUUCAGCUUUUGGACCCUUCUAUCCAGAAUUUGGAUAAGAAAUACCCUGUUGCUUUAUUAGCCUCCCUUGCUCAUUCAAAGAAGUGUAGGAAGCAAAUGGUUGCUGCUGGUGCAUGUCUACAUUUGCAGAAACUUGUGGACAUGGAAGUAGAGGGGUCUAAGAAGCUCUUGGAAAGCCUCGGUCGUGGUAAGAUUUGGGGCGUUUUUUCCAGAUCUUGACAAUGGAAGAAGGCAUGCCAAAGUGGCACAUAUCAGAGUAUAGGUACAUGAGGAUGAUUCAUUGAUCAGUAUGUACAAUAGGUGUGAUUACUGUUAAUUUGGCUUCUUUUUUUUCCCCUCUCUUGUUUAUAAUUGCUGUUUAUUAUGGUAGAAAAAUGAUAUCUUGUUAGCUGCAUUGUAUCUAGUUUUGGUGACCUAACUGGAUAGGUGUUUUUAUUUUCUCAACAAAAUCCAAUAAUUUAUAUUGCUGCCUGAUUGUGAGUUCA